GAAGAAGGCGGUGACACUUCCUUUCUUGGGCGAGUUGGCUGAUAAGGAAAGUGGCACAAGGACGAUUAAAGUGAAUAUGGCCCCCAACACGCAACUGAAUGAAGCGGUGUCCAACGUAAAAAAGGGAAUUCGGGCAAUCCUGCUCGGACCCCCUGGUGCUGGGAAAGGAACACAGGCUCCUCGGUUGGCGGAGCAAUACUGCGUGUGUCAUCUGGCCACGGGGGACAUGCUGAGGGCCAUGGUGGCGUCUGGCUCUGAGCUCGGCAAGAGGCUCAAGGAGACCAUGGAUGCCGGGAAACUGGUCAGUGAUGAGAUGGUGGUAGAACUCAUAGAAAAGAACCUGGACACGCCUCCCUGUAAGAAGGGGUUCCUAUUGGAUGGAUUCCCCCGCACAGUGAAACAAGCAGAGAUGCUGGAUGACUUGCUGGAGAAGCGCACAGAGAAGCUGGACUCUGUGAUUGAGUUCUCUGUCGAUGACUCCCUACUGGUGCGCAGGAUCUGUGGCAGACUAAUUCACCAGCCUAGCGGUCGCUCCUACCACGAGGAGUUCAACCCACCCAAAGAUCCCAUGAAGGAUGACGUGACAGGGGAGCCGCUGAUGCGCCGCAGCGAUGACAAUGCGUCGACACUGGGCUCACGGCUGGAGGCCUACCACAGGCAGACGGUGCCCCUGGUCAAGUACUACAGCGCCCGCGGCCUGCACAAGGCAGUCGAUGCCGCCCAGUCCCCCGAUGUAGUCUUCGCCUCCAUCCUCGCCGCCUUCUCCUCUGCCACAGCCGCCACCUGUUUUUGUCUCCCCUCUGUAGAUUCUGACUCUUCUCCUCUGAAUGUGAAUGCAAGAUGUUCUCAGGGUAGUCAGAAAACAAUAGCAGUUGUAUUGUGUGAAGCUAUAUUGGCCAUUAGGCUUGCUGUGGGAAUUUUUCUAGCUUGACUAAAUAAUGUUAAAAGUAUCAAAACAAUGACACCACUGCAUUGAAUGUUGCUUUAGUUCCUGUAGUCCAGUUUGCUACUGGUAAAUGAUUGUUAAUGUACUGCUAAGUCACAUUGUAGUUCACUGUUCAUUUAAACUUUUAUGUAAAGCCUAACGGCUGACACUUUUGAUUGUUUAAUGUUAAUGCAUAACGCGUAAAGUUUUAGAAAUGGAUGUUGGAAGCCUAAUUGCACUAUAGAUGGACAGGAUUGUUAAGUUGAACACGCACAAGGACCCGUAUAUGUCUAAGGGAGCAACUUGUGUCUGUAGCUAAAUGUUUUGCCUCUUGCAGCUUUGAAUGACCCAAAACAUUUUUGUGCACAUUUCUCCUAUGUUUAAAUUCACCUGAGACUCUUCUUUCUUUUUUCAGCUGUUUGAAUCCCUGCUUCUCCAAUCCUUGCAAUGGAAACAAGGGAGGGAGGGGAAGGAGGAAAUGUUGUACUGUAGCACUUCAUUUGGAAAUCUGGUUCAGUUUAAUGCAGUGCAUUCUACAAGGAAUAAGUGGAGCCAUCUCGGAAUUGACUUUGAUUAUAUUACCCUUCUAAUAAAGAAAAGAGAAGCUGUUCUACAAUCAUGA